CCCGAUACUAUACUAGUAUACAAAGUCUUAUGCAAGGCAAAAAUGCGUAUCGUAUCCAAAAAUUAAAUUAAAUAAUUAAUCAACACUAAUUCCAGAUUACACCCAUAAUUAGUACGGGCUACUAUAUAAAUGCACCCUUUCUUCUUCACAUUUCUUCAACACUUCAACCUUUCUUCAACACUUCGCAUUUCAAAUUUUCUUCCUUUUUUCUGUCAAAAAUUUUCUCUUUUCUUCUGCAGAAAUGGUGGAUUACAUUACAAAAGCUAAAAGGUGCAAAUUUGACAAUUCUGCUAAUUUUGGCUCUGUUUCAAAACAUGAUGAUGAAGUUACUGCUGAAUUCUAUCAGAAAUCUGCUACUUCCUUCAAAAUUGACAAAUCUUGGGAUCAAGCUGGGUCUGCCUACAUCAAGUUGGCGGAGUGUCACUUGAAGUCCAAUAGAGUUCAUGAAGCGGCUAAUGCUUAUGUAGAAUCGGCAAGCUGUUAUAAGAAGAUAUCUCCCAUACAGGCCAUAUCAUGUCUUGAGCAAGCUGUGAACCUUUUCUUGAAUAGUGGGAUAUUUAGUAUGGCUGCGAGAUAUUGCAAGGAAGUAGGUGAACUGUAUGAGCAGUUGCGGGAUUUGGAGGAGGCUAUCAAAUAUUUUAAGCGGGCAGCUGACUUAUUCCAAGGCGAAGCUGCAACAACGUCUGCAAGUCAAUGCAAGCAGAAAGUUGCUCAAUUUUCUGCCCAAUUGAAACGAUAUAUGAAGGCAAUUGAGAAAUUUGAAGAAGUAGCACAGGAAGCUGUCAACAGCAAUCUGCUGAGGUAUGGAGUUAGAGGGCAUCUACUAAACGCUGGUAUUUGUCAUCUCUGCAUAGGAGAUAUUGCUGCAGUGACCAACGCGUUGACCAGAUAUCAGAAUUUGGAUCCCACUUUCUCAAGGACUCGAGAGUACGUGCUUCUAACUGAUCUAUUGGCUGCAUAUGACAGGAAAGACGUUGAAAAGUUUACUGAAGUUCUGAUGGACUACGAUAGCUUAAGCCCUCUGGAUUCUGGGAAAACUACUCUUCUGCUGAGAAUCAAGGAGAAUCUGAAAGCUAAAGAGCAGAACGUGGAUCUAGCCUGAAUCAUGUCAAUCGAAAUACAUUCCAUGCCAAGUUGAAGAUUGUUAGUUUCAUAGUGUCAUAUGAUUGUUCCCGGUUGUAAAAAUGUAUACUAGUAGAUUCUUAGCUUUCUCAUUCUUCAUAAUCUGGGUAUCCUAGAAGAAUGUUUACCAUAGGCUAGAUUUGAUGCUUAACUGUGAGCUAAACUUUUGAGGUGAAGCGUUUGGAAUAUUUGUAUAAGUUAGGGGAUUGGAUAAGUUUUUAACAUUUUGGCUGAUAUAAUUCAAAACAUGUUCUAUGUGUAGAAUCUAAAGCGAUUAUUUUAUUAAAUAAUUAGCGUUAUAUUUCAUCCAUACAAUUUUAAUUGCAACACAUUUAUUUUCUUAGUAGAAAGUUUGUAAACAAUAGCAAUAUCCCCUUUUAUUGGUUCGUGUUUUUGAUGUCGUCGUUUUAUUUGUUUUCCUCUAAGUUUUGAUCAUGUUUCACUUCCAUUA